AACAUAUCUUCUCACUGUUUUUUGAUUCAUUUUCAACAUUCUUCUUCCUCUCCUUUGUUAUAUCCUCUUGCAUUAAUACUUCCUGUCCUUUGAAAACUCAACUCUUUUAUAUCAGUUAUACUGUUUUCCUUAUAUUAGUUUUUUCUCAUAUUACCAUAUGUCGAACGACGUUGCCUUUCGAAAUAACAGAUGGUCCACCCCACUCAACCGUUCUGCCACCAACAACAGUCGAUUUAGUGUGUGCAGUAAUGUAAGUCAAUCAGCCUAUGGUAUGCGAUAUGAACAAGCUGUUGUUGGGCAAGAGGUCGCUUCCAAGAUCAAUAUUUCCAAACUUGCUAUAGAGUCGACAGCUUUCAGGGACCCACAGCCACAAUCAACGCCUGUUCCUCAAUAUUCUUCAACCUUGUCUUUUACAACUGCUCCUUCUGAAAGCGUCCUUGAAAACAACCAAAAUGAUGGUUCUCCUGAUGAAUACGACUCCAUGGGCAACGAAAAAGUCGGAUUUGAUAUCCUGCAAGCAAAAAAGUUGAAGCGACGAGUAACGUUUGACAUGGACAAUAUCCAAGUUCAGACGAUACCUGCCAAUAUGUCUUCCUCGUUGGAUAACUUAUCGGAUACAGACGAUGUCAACGAUACAGAAAGUUCUGAUAGCGAAGAUGAAGAAUAUAAAAAUAAGUUGACAUCGGAUACUGACCGUGUAGAGAGCAAAGGGCAUCCUUUUGACCAAAAUCAUUCCACACCAGCUACAUUCCAUACCGGUAGACGCUUGGUGGCUGAACCUUCUAUCAAAAAAUUGUCGAUCGACAACGAUCCAGUUCAUCAACCAAAGCUUCAAAAGAUAGAUUUUUGGUAUCCAUUAAACCCACCAUUACAAAGGACCGUGCUGUCGACAGAUAGAAACGGCUAUUACGCUCAAAACACAUCUCUGCCAUUCAUUAAACCCUUAGCAGAGACGGAAAAGUUAAUCGACGAUGCAAUUGAGCGAGAGAAAAAAGCCUUACAAAUGAACACAUGCGCGAUUACGUCGAGAAAAAACAUCUUUAUCGAUGGUCGUUCAGCAGCUUCAACACGUUUUUCAGCGUCACCAGCCCUGAGCAGUAGCGAUGAAAUGAGUAGUAUUUUGAUAUGCGAUUCGGAAGAAGAGGAAGAGGAUUAUGAUACAAUUAUUAGAAGCAGAGACCCUGUCUCGCUUUCACGAUCUAAACCCAUAGUUGUGCAUGGUAAAAUAACGGAUCUCAAUCCAAACUCACAGCCAAUACCACUUCCAUUACCAGCUAGCUUCCAUGAGCAAUCAUCAAACAAUCAUCCUAUCUCACACCUCCCUCAACUGCAAUCGUCUCUCGCAGAUAGCGAUAGCCAUUUUGAGCACAACUUGGAGAUGAUCCAUAGCAACGACACCGUUUCCAAUGUAAUACCGGCGCCAUUACCAAUAAACAACCAAUCACAUAGCGAUGAUGAAAGUAUUGUUUUCAGUAAAUCUCCAUUAUCAUUGGAAACCGAUUUCUCCAAAUCCAUUUAUAACGAGUUUGCAAAGAGACAUAAUCAAAAACUAAUCCCUAUGGAAGAAUUCGAGCCGCCUAAACUUACUUUCCCUCUGGAACAUGAGCUAAUUCCUGUAUCAGGAGCUUUUAAUAGCGAUCCAGCAUUGUCAAUAAAUCCGCAGGAGGAUGAAAACAGUAGCAGUGACGACGGUAUGGAUAUUGGCUAUUGUCUGCGACCUAGUAGUGGUACAAGUGUAAACGACAGCAUUAGCACUGUCGAUGAAGUGAACGAUCCUGUUUGGAUUGAUUAUACGGCGGAAACAAAGCUUUCAAGUUCAAGCGAGGCGGCAAGAAAGCUUUUUUUUGUCAAAGUCCUUAAAGCUGAAAACCUAGAUUUCCCAAUAGAAAACAAUGAAUCCAAUAUCUUUUGUACUGUCCGUUACAAGGAUAAAGAAGUCAAAUCAAUACAUCAGAAGAUGAAGCAUACUGUCAACAUCAAUCAAGAAAUGAUCAUGUAUGUAUACUUUCUCCCAAUGACGAAUAGGUCAUAGAUUGCUAGUGAAGGCAUUUUCUAACGUAUAUAUGCUUUCGUAUUCAAGACAAGACAUAGACCCCAGCGAACAAAUUACAAUUACUCUUCAUGUUUCUAUGUUUAGUUCAAAUAAUGCUCAGAAAAGGAGCGGUAGUUGGUACCACAAAAUAAAACCAGGUUCAAUAACAGCAUCCUCUAGCAGUCUGGAACGUUACAUACAUGAUAAAGAUGGCUCACUAUGUCAAACACUACUAUUGCCGCAACGUUUUAUGGAAACAGAAGGCCAGGAUCAAUUAGCAACACUUAUGCUCGUGAACAACUGGUAUCGACAGCAAAGCAAUAGUAAUGGUGUUGCUCCUAACAUCAAUGGUGGAGCAUCGAAUCCUGCAGCUC